CGUUGAUAAUACUUUGUUACUGUAUGUUUUGUUUUUAAAUCAUUCUUUUCGCUUUCUUUUGAAAAAAAUGAAUACUCUGAUAAAUUUUGAUGACGAAAUCACUUGGCAUGCAAUAACGUUAAUUAUCCUUUUAAUAUUAUAUCACAUUAUUUACUGUUUCUGCAAAAGGCGUCUAAAGAAUAGAUCAGAAGUUACUUACUCAAGUAUAAAUUCUUGUUUAAGUUUGUUUGAGCAGAAGUUAGGAAAAAAUGGAUUUGUCAUACUCAAAAAUCAAGGUAUACGUUUGCACUAUGUCACUUCUGGAGAUGAAAUAAAUCCAAUGAUGCUGAUGAUUCAUGGAUAUCCAGAAUUUUGGCAUGUUUGGAAAAAUCAGAUUUCAGAAUUUCGCCAAAAUUAUUGGCUAGUAAUUCCUGAUCUAAGAGGAUACGGGCUUUCAGACAGAUCAAAUAAAAAUGUUUCCAUUAUUAAUUUAGUAGAGGAUAUGGAAGAACUAAUAACGUUAUUUGCAAAAGAUUCAGCUAUUGUUGUAGGACACGGUUUUGGAGGAAUAGUUGCUUGUAAGUUAGCUCAGAAUCAUCCAAAUGUUGUAAACAGAUUGGUUAUUUUAGAUGCUCCAUUUCCUGGGACACUAAUUUAUUCGAAUACUUGGUGGAUUACUUUUGAAAUACCAAUUAUAUUAAAGCUAUUUAUAAUUCUUAAAAGAAUAUUUUUUAUGGAGAAAAUAUUUAAGGAAAAUGAAAAUAAAGAUAUUAUAUUAAGUGAAAUGGAAGCCUAUUGUAAAGAAGAAUGUGGAACGAUUGGAAUGAACCAUUUUGUAAUGAAAUCACGAGAAAUCGAUAAAGAAGUAACGAUUUCGCUUCCUACGCUAAUUAUUUGGGGAGAAAACGACUUUUUAGAUUAUUAUACAUGUAUGAGGAAUUAUUAUAAAUAUUGUAAUGAUUUACGUACUGAAAGAGUUGGAAAUGCAGGUCAUUGGGUACAUUGCGAACAACCAGAAAUUGUUAAUGCUAGCAUUACUAAAUUUUUAAAAGAAACGGAAAAAGUAUUGCACAAAUAAAAAAUGUAUUUUGGAAUUAGAAUCAUAUUUAAUUAAAUUAAUUAAUAUGUUUUAUCACUAUGAUUUUCGAUGUCCUAUGUAUAUUUCUUUUUUGAAAAUUCAAA